CUAGAACAGAGCUCUCUCCUUCUAGGCCUUACAUUUCAUUUGGUGUUCUCCUAUUUGCAGGUCCAACAAUUGGGCGUGGCUUUAGGUGAAAUUGAAGGCUCAACAGAAGAUGAGCGAGAUUAAGCAAAAUUCCUGAUCAUACAACGCAACUGCUCAAGUUUUAAGUUUGCUACUUUCUAGGAGAUCAGCGUAGGUUUGAAGAUUUAUUUCUAUCCACUAAAUGAUUAUGGUCAUUGUGAUAGGUUCUUGUAACUUUUUGUAUAUGUAACUGUAGGAUGAGAUAGUGACAUAUAAGCAUGCGAUAAAGGGUUCUAACUUUUUGUAUCUUGUACUAAAACUGAAGAUCAUGGCACAUAAGCAUACCAUAUUAGGUUGUAACUUUUUGUAUAUUUAAUUGUAAGGUUAGAUAAGGCCUAUAAACAUGCCAUAUUGUAUAGAACAAUUUAUGUUUCGAGCUAUUCUGGUUAUAGUUGGAAUGUAUAUGUUAGUAUAGUGCUUGUCCUUAUUUGAUCAUUCUGUUUCGAACGUUUUGUAAAUUAUCUUUUGUAGAGGCUUUAGCAUACUGCAGGUAAGCGAUCCUGUCCGCCAUGUCCACAAAUCUCUUCUCACGUUCAAUUUUUGAAAAGUUACAGAGGCUUAACGAUUAAAAGAGAAAGAAUGGAAACACAAAAGAGCCAGGCCGAGAAACAAGCGACGAUGGCUUCAUGUAGAAAGAAAAAGAAUGAAGAAGCCACCUUCCUUGAAGACUUGAAGGAUCACAUUGACGAGUUUGUUAAUGCAUCAAUGGAUGAGCAUAAAACUUGCUUUAAGAAGACCAUCCAAAAGAUGUUUGGAAUGUCAAAAAUUGUAGCUGAAAGGAAUGCUGCUGAAUCAAAGGAAACAACAGUAUCAAAAUAAAGUAUGUUCAUCUUUAAUAGCAUGAUAUGUAGUAGCAUGAUUUGGUUUACCCUUUAUUUAAAACAAAGCCUUUGGUACUUUUUGAUCAUAUGUUCAUCAAAUACCUCUUUUGUCGUUUGAAAUUUGGUUAUCAAUAUUUGCUUUUUUUAUUA